GCAAGGACCACUGCUACUCCUCUUUCUGGAACCAAUCACUGCCAAGGUCAGAGGGCAUCACUAUAUCAGCUCCACAGUUGGAACUGAUUCUUAGUUGUAAAAGAGCUGCAACAAGAGCCUGAAGGUUUUACAGUGACUUUUGAGGACAUUCUUAACUUUAUUUUAAAGCAUCUGCAGUCAUGGCACCGAUUCUUCUGAACUGUAUGGGAAAUGAACACAAUGAGUACAUCAAGCAACAGGUCCAAGUGAAAAAUCCCUAUUUGGGCACCAUGGAAGAGGACAUUCUAUACCAUUUCAGCUUGAGCACCAGGACACACAACCUCCCUGAAAUGUUUGGAGAUAUUAAGUUUGUGUGUGUUGGUGGAAGCGCAAAUCGUAUGAAGGCUUUUGCCCAGUUCAUCCACCAUGAGCUUAAACUGCCAGGAAAUCCAGAAGAAAUCAAAGAUAUCUGUGACGGAACUGAUCGUUACUGCAUGUACAAAGUGGGACCGGUGCUCUCUAUAAGUCAUGGCAUGGGAGUCCCCUCAAUUUCCAUUAUGUUGCACGAGCUCAUUAAACUUCUGCAUCAUGCUCAGUGCCGUGAUGUUAUCCUGUUUCGACUGGGAACGUCAGGUGGAGUUGGUUUGGCACCAGGAACUGUGGUGAUCACUGAGAAAGCAGUGGACUACUCUUUUCGUCCCCAGUUUGAACAAGUGGUUCUGGGUAAAGUAAUAACCAGAAGCACCGAGCUAGAUAAAGGAGUAUCCAGCGAGCUUCUUCAGUGUUCCACUGAACUUGAAAACCUCCCAACCGUUAUUGGAAACACCUUGUGCACCCAUGACUUUUAUGAAGGUCAGGGCCGACUGGAUGGAGCUCUCUGUUCCUUCUCUCAUGAGGAAAAACUGGAAUAUCUGAGAAAAGCUUUUGAGGCCGGAGUGAGGAACAUUGAAAUGGAGUCCACUGUUUUUGCUGCCAUGUGCCGUGUCUGUGGCGUCAAAGCGGCUGUGGUUUGCGUCGCAUUGUUGAACCGCUUCGACGGGGACCAGAUCACCUCCUCUCAUGACGUUCUGGUGGAGUACCAGCAGAGACCUCAAAUCCUGGUGUCUCACUUUAUCAAGAAACGUUUGGGAAUUCUUGCCUGAGACCACUUCACCUUUAAAAGACUGUACAAAGCUCUGAAUAAUAUGUGGAUAUGUAUAUACAUAAAAUGUAGUUACCGUGUUAAUAUUUGCAUUAGACAUUCAUUUAAGUCAGUUAAGAUUGUUCUGAUUUAAGGGAUAAAGCUAAAAAUGAUAAUUUUACAGAUAUAUAUUUAAGUGUGUAUUUUAUCUUUUCAUAGCAAAGCUCUUGUAUUUAUGUGAUAAAAUUAUUGAAUAUAAAUGUUUUCUGUAAGCUGAUUUUAAAGUCAAAGCCAACACAGCCUUUAUAAGCAAUACUCAUUGUCGCUACAACUACAUAUGAAAGCUAUGCGGUGAGGGGAUGCUUUUAGGAUCCCUUUCGCAUUUGAAUGACUGGAAUAAGAAGAAAAAACAGCUGGAGAUUGUCUGCUGAUAGUGAAGACUCCACAAUAAAUUAUUUCAAAGUUAAAAGAUGUUUUGUAAUAAUUGCUGUUUUGUAAUUUGUCUCAUGAUCGAAGAAGAUGGUGUACAGCCUUAUUCAGUUUUUAUUAUGUCAUAGUCAGUAACAUGUAUCACACUUGGUGUAUUCUGUAAGUCUAAAAAUGUCACCUCAAACUUCUUUAUGUAAAAAACAAUAAAUUGUUGGAACAGUAACUGUUUUAAGAUUUCAUGUUAAAAUCAAAUAUUGAUGAUACUUUUCAUAUUCUGUACUGCUAAUGAAGUGUAAAAUCCCUAAUAAAGACCUCAUAGAAAUUAAAUGUGUCACUUAGGUUGAGUUUUUUUUUAAAAAAAAAAAUCUUUUUUUUUUAUACAGUGACCUGAACAGAACA